CCAGUGAUUCAGUCCGGUUUGCGAACCCAAUACAGGCGAACGCGAUCGCAGCUCGAUUUAAAAUACGAAACGGAAAAAAUAAACACAAAAUCGUAUUAAAAUUUUUAAAAGUUUUCACUUAAAACCAAAGUUAUUUGUGGUGCAAAAUGCAAGUGUUCGUUGGAUUAUUUUUAUUGGCAAGCCUGUCACCAUGUUUAGCAAGAUCCCCAGCCCUGAUUCUCACACAACUAGUGAAAAAUAAUUUAGCAGAACAAGCAAGAAACCUUUCUUUAGUGGAUCCAAAGUUAUUUUAUAAUAGAACAAGUUAUUCCGGAUUCUUCACUGUUGAUGAAAAGUACAACUCGAAUCUAUUCUUUUGGUACUUUCCCGCGGAAAACUAUAAACCGGACUCGCCAUGGAUAUUGUGGUUGCAAGGAGGUCCAGGAUCCUCGAGCCUUGCUGGACUCUUCGAUGAGAUAGGACCCUUUGAAAUUAAGAACAAGGAAUUGAAAUUACGCAAAUCGACGUGGGGGAGAGAUUACUCUUUACUCUUCAUCGACAACCCAAUAGGAGCUGGUUAUAGUUUUACAGACCAUCCUGACGGGUUCAUACGAGAUAUGGAGACGUGCUCAAGCCAUCUAUACAAUGCGCUGAGACAGUUCCGGCAUGUGUUUCCCGAGGUCGCCAAGGCUCCGCUCUACAUCGCCGGGGAAUCGUACGCUGGCCGCUACCUCCCUGCACUUGGCGUAAAGAUACUUGAACAAGAUCGCAACAUCGGACUCCUGGAUGUCAAUCUACAGGGUAUUAUAAUGGGCAACCCGGUACUGAGUCGGGACAGCAUAGCAGACUACAGCUCUAUCUUCUACCAGUGGGGGUUGAUAGACAGCCAAGGAUUGCUGGCAGUGAAGCCGCUACAGGAUGAGUACAACAAAGCCGUAGUCGCCGGGGAUGCUCAAACAGCUACUGAUCUCCGCGAAGAACUUCUGAACAAGCUGGAUGACAUAGCCAUGCAGCAGCAAACCUUCAACAUUCUCUUGGACGACCUCAACCAUCUGGAUGAUUUCGUGGAGUUCAUUCAGAAGCCUGAAGUGAGCGAGGCCAUACACGUCGGCACCAUACAAUUUGCCUUCCACAAUGGAACAGCCCACAAGAAGCUCACUCCUGAUUUCUUGAGCGAAGUCAGGUCGAAGGUGGAGAUGCUGCUUGAUCAUUACAGGAUACUUAUUUAUUGUGGUCAGUUGGACUUGACAGCUCCGUGUGUGCCCAACGCCAAGGCGCGGAGGAAGCACUGGCACUGGAACAGACGCAACGAGUUCCUCAACGCGUCGCGCACUCCUUGGUGGUUCGGUGAACGAGUGGCUGGUUACGUCAAAAGCGGGGGCAGUCUGACCGAAGUAUUGGUGCGCGGUGCUGGUCACUUAGUCCCCAUGGACAAGCCAGCAGAAACCGCAGAACUGAUCUCCUACUUCAUCAGAGGUUUAGACCUUCCACUACCUCCAAAUUACAACGUUUUACCUCAAGAUACAGCUGCUUACGUCGACGAUGACCUCGAGGGCAUUUCAAAGACCAUUUUACAAAUUCCUGGGGACCCACCCACUGGUACCCAAGCUGUGAUGGUAGUUAGCUUGGUCCUAAAUGUCCUGUUAAUCCUUGGUAUUGUCUGUGGAGUGGUUUAUGGGUUGCGAUGGAAAAGACGAACGGAUCAGUAUAAUUACAAGACGGUUGACGAAACCAGUAUUACUACUUCCACUAUGUUUUAAGUAGGUUGUAAUUAGAGCCCUUAAUAUGAGUUUGCUUUACGUUUAAAGUAAUCGAAACAAGAGCACGUUUGGCGCUCUGAUUGGCCGGCUCGAAUAAAGCAACCAAUCAGAGCGCCGGACGCGCUUUCGUUUCCAUUACUUUAAACAUUUAGCAAACUCGUACUACGGGUACAGAUGUCAAUAGGUUGUGCGUCGUGUUUGAAUGUUGAUGAAUACUAUUACUCGGUUCUUAUCUUUAGUUUAUCAUUGCCAUCUUGUGUGCUGGAGGCUGUAUAUGCAACCUUAGAAGUUGUCCAGGCAAUCUAAAUAGGGGUGAUGACGGGGUAUGAAAAUUAAAAAUAGAAUUUGUCCGUCAGUUAGGUAAUAAAAAAAUAUUGGACACGUAUUUUUUUUUUUAUUUUGUCAUAUAAGUUAAUAAUACUUAGAUAAAACUAAUCAAAGACUAUGGAGUGGGAGCAAAUACGUAAUUUCUACGUAUAAAAUGUACCCAGAAGUGACGUCCCGCGAUAUUUCAAAUCGAUAUAAUUUCGAAAGUAUUUCUCGAAGUAAGACAAUAAAUAAUAUGUCUCCAAUAUUUUAAAAUAAUCUACAACACGGACGUUAAAAUAAAAAUUAGUCAUCUAACCCUAUUAUGUUCAUAUUUUGUUUUGGGAAAGGAAUCGAUUUAUUUAUUGUCAGAUCUCAGCAUUUAGUGGAUCUCUGUAUAACAACUUAUAGAUCCCGACUUUAUAUAUUACAAUCUUGAGAUUCUAUGUAUAGCGUAGCGCGUAAAAAUGUGUAAUGAAGAGGUAUUCGUAUUUAUAUGAGCAAUAAAUCUAUAAUUCAAUACAUGACAAGUAGUAUAGUGCACGAUAUCCUGUGUGAGUGUUGAUGUAAAUUAAUUAUUAUGCUAUCGGCUUAUUCACGUAGCUGUUUGACGAGGAACUCGACUAGUUUCAAGCCAUGUUAGAGGCUCAUAUUCAUGAGUAGCAUUCUGUGACAAUCGCCGCGUCAUGUAUCGCGGAAUGUUAGUAUGUUGCGGAGUAAGCCGAUAACAUAAUAAUUCAUUUAGUAUGUCUCACGAAAGUUACAAUAAAAUUAUAGUGUUGAUGUAUUAUUAUUAAGUUAUUUUAUUACGGAUCUUAGAGCACGUGGCACUGUUAACUGUUGUGGUUCUUCGGAUUUGUAUUUAAGUAUUGUUUUAAGAAUAUGAUGUAAUACGUUGAAAACCUUCCUAUGACGUAACUGGGGGGUAGGACAUAGUAGAUAUGUAUAUAACUAGUUGAAUAUCUGAGCCA